AACUGUUUCCAUUUUAUUUCAAACCGAAUUCUUACUUUUUUAAAACGGUAAAAGUUUUCAUCUAGAGUGAUUAAUUUACAAUCUACAUCAAUAUGUCAUCUUGUGGCUCGUGUACGAAACCAGUAAGUCGAAAGGAGGGUGAACAGUCAAGAAUUGUAUGUAGUGUUUGCACGUCCUUGUUUCAUCUAAGCUGUGUGAAUUUAACAAAAAAUGACCUUAAUUUCUUAAAAAAUCAGGUGUGGACCUGUGUAGAGUGCUUGAAGAAACAUCGUUUGAGCCGAUCGAGUUCCGAAGAUACGCCCCUAAAUUUAUCCGGUACGGUAAAUGAUGAAACUCCUCUUACAUUACAGAUUGUCGAAUCACUUCUCGCGAAAUACACCAAGGAAAUAAAGGACACUAUAAACAACGUUGAGCUAGAGCUAGGUAAAUCUAUUGAACUCUGUCAUCAGGAAAUCAGUAAUUUGUCAGAUCAGUUAAAGAAACAAUCUAAUAUUGUGAAGGAACAGGGGGAAGAAUUGGAGCGGUUGAAGUCGGAGAACGUGAAUCUAAAAAAUCGUUGUGUAUCCUGGAGAGUCAUGUGGAUGACGUCGACCAGUAUGGACAUCGAAAUACACUGGAGAUUUUCGGAAUACCGGAAUUUGAGGGUGAAAAUGUAAAAAAUAUCAUCUGUUCACUCGGAAGUGCAUUAUCUGUUCCAAUUUGUGAAGAACGCAUGGACGUGUGUCAUCGAACGAAAGGAAACUCGGAUGGUAAAUCAAAUAUCGUGGUAAAGUUCACACAUCGAGACGAUUUACAUAGAAUUCUGGAUGCCAAGAAGACGAAAAAGGACCUAUCUGUAAGGCACCUGGGUAUGGCUUCCGACAAUAAAAUCUUCAUCAACUUAUCCCUCACUCGAAAAAGAAGAAUUCUACUGUCCAAGAGCAAGGCCUACAAGCGCAGUCAUCCUGAUAUCAAGUAUGUGUGGGCGGAUCGAGCUGGCCGCAUCAAGAUAAUGAAGGUGAGCGGUGAGACCAGAGUGAUACAGUGUGAGUCUGACUUGGACGAUAAUAAUUAAUAACUAUUUCGUUUUUUUCUCAUGGCCUCUUACACAUUUUUAAAGUAAAUGAACUCUUCAACUGCUUUUUUAUAAGACUUCAAAUUAUUAUUUGUUUCUUAUUAAUCCAUAGAGUUAAUAGAAAAUAUGAACAGAGUCACAUUUAUUUUAUAGUACCGUAUAUCAUUGAAAGAUUUUAAAUAAAUGCGAGUUCAGC